CUCGCUCACAGUGACGUGCGCCCGGUCAGCGCAGAGUCACAAAACAAACUUACCCCGCUCAUUGGAGCUAACACUUGAAUAGCACAGAAGCUAUAUCAGAAAUGGCGACGGCAAUUUACUUGGAGCAUUACCUUGACAGCAUUGAAAACCUGCCAUGUGAACUACAAAGAAACUUCACUUUGAUGCGAGAUCUUGACAAUAGGACAGAAGAAAAAAAGGCAGAGAUUGAUAAAUUGGCCGAAGAAUAUAUUUUGAAUGUGAAGAAUCUAGCAUCAGAGCAGCGAGUGGAUCACCUUCAGAAGAUACAAAAUGCCUACAGCAAAUGCAAAGAGUUUAGUGAUGACAAAGUCCAGCUAGCAAUGCAGACCUAUGAAAUGGUGGACAAACACAUUCGCCGUUUAGAUGCAGAUCUUGCAAGAUUCGAGAAUGAACUUAAGGAGAAACUUGAAGUCAGUGGCUAUGAGAGUGCAGAAGGAAGAGGCUUGAAAAAGGCAGAAUCCAGGGGGCUACGGGAAAAACGUGGCUCUAGAGGAAGAGGGAGGAAAGGCUCUGAUGAAGAUUCACCAAGAAAGAAAAAGAUGAAAAGCCCAGACCUGAGUGAAGCCCUCCUGCCCAUGCAACCCUCAGAUGUCCUGGACAUGCCAGUUGAUCCCAAUGAGCCCACCUAUUGUCUGUGCCAUCAGGUGUCAUAUGGAGAGAUGAUUGGAUGCGAUAAUCCUGAUUGUCCAAUUGAGUGGUUUCAUUUUGCAUGUGUCGAUUUAACCACAAAACCCAAAGGAAAAUGGUUUUGUCCAAGAUGCACUCAAGACAGAAAGAAGAAAUAGGAUGUAGAUUUUUAUAUUAUCUGUAGCUUUGUGUAACACAUAGGAAUAUGUAUAUUUCAGUUAAAACAUUUCUCAAUGAAAAACAAAAUGAUAAUGCUUUGCUAUAAGGUCAAAUCCAGAUUUGAAUUACACUUUAGGCACUGUUUUAUCCUAUGGCUUGGCAUGUGAAUAGUCCAGGUCAGCUGCAGGAUUUGUAAAUUGAAUUGAAGGUAGCACAACAGUUCAAAAAUUAUGGAUUUAGGCUUUAGAAAACUUGAAUUCAGUUUUACAGAGAACUAUAUUUUUAAGGAAUUAAAAGCCUGCUGAGCAUUUACCUUUUCUUUAAAAAAAAAAAAAGAUUCUAAUUGUUAAUGGUGGCAAAAAAGUUGCAAUCGCUUUUCUUUUUCUGUUACCUACCUCUUUUGUAUAUUAUGUUUUAAGAGGCAUAUCAGCACUGCGUAAAUGACUGCAAUUGACACUGGUUAAAAAAAGUAAAUCAAAAUGUGUAUAUUCAAUCAUAUGAUUUUUCCUUUAUUUGCGACAUUUUUGAAUGUAUUGUGGUACUAAUGGUCAGUCGCACAGUGUCUUUGUCUGAUGUAAAGGGUUUAUAAGCACUUUGAAUGAAAUUUUCAUAAUGUUUGGUAUGCAGGCUUUUUAUAUUAUGUUGUGUUGUUUAAGCCUAUUCUUUUAUUCAUAACUUCAAACAUAUUGAAACAGUAUAUUUUAUACAAUAUAAACUAAUAUUUUGUGGAA